AUGCUGCUCGCAAGCAUCCAGUCAUCCCUGGGACCUGCUGCCUUUGGCGCCGCCACCCCUUCACAGCCCGAGGGGGGCAUGCUCCGAGGGGAGGACGGAGCGAGUGUGGGGCGAGUUGAUGGAAAGGGAGAGAGUGGGGAGAAAGCGAUUGGGGUGGGAGAGAGUGGGAUGGAAGGGGGAGUGGGUGAGGGGAGUGCAGUAGAGGGGGCAGGAGAGAGCGAGGAGGAGAGGAUAGUGGAGGAGGUGGAGAAGGAGACUGGUGUGGGGUUCUGGGGGGAUGAUGGUGUUGAUAGCGCUGAUGAUGCUGACACGACUGAUAAGCUCCAUAGGUGGAUGGACAAGUGGAGAAAACGCACUCUCUCCCUCCUCCCCUCCUCUUUCCAAGACGCAUCCCUCCUCCCGAUUCUCGAACUCGACUCCCCUCCUCCCGUACCUCUCCCGCUGCCGAACCUGGGCCCGGACGUACCUGUCGAUCCGGCUCGGGAUCCGAACCUGUGGCAGCCGUUUCAUGUGAAGGGGACGCCGAGGCUGGUCACGCUUUUUUCGGGCGAGUGCACGGCGUAUUUCGAUUGGCAGACGCUCGGGCUGAUGUACAGCUUCCGGCGGAGCGGGCAGCCCGGAAAACUUGUGCGGCUGCUGGCUUGUAACGAGGACAUGCUUAAGGAGUACAAGGGGCUGGAUUUAGCUUUAACUAUGGUGGUGCCGAAUUGGGACCACGACCCUCAUAACGGAGACUGGUAUUCUGCAAUCAACAAGCCAGUGGGAGUGAAAUACUGGCUAGACAACAGCCCCGACGCGCAACUGGUCGAUUUUGUCCUCAUCCUGGACGCGGAUCAGAUCCUCCGCCGCCCGAUCCUGCCCUGGGAGCUAGGCGCCGAGCGCGGCCGCCCGGUUUCCGCCGACUAUGGGUAUCUGAUAGGCUGCGACAACAUUCUCGGCUCGCUGCACAUGAAGCACCCCAAGCACUGCGACAAGGUUGGGGGGUACAUCGCCAUCCAUGUGGAUGACCUGCGCCUGCUGGCCCCCCGCUGGAUCGCCAAGACAGAGGAGGUGCGAGCAGACAAGGAGCAUUACGCCACCAACAUCACGGGGGACGUGUACGGGCAGGGGUGGAUCAGCGAGAUGUAUGGGUACUCUUUUGGCGCCUCUGAUGCCAAUCUACAUCACGUGGUGAUCGAUAGCAUAAUGCUCUACCCGGCUCUCACCUGCGGUUACCAUUUCCCCGACCCUCCUGAUGUUACGGAUUUGCCCCCGUUACCCUCUCUCGAUUCCGGUGCUGCUGCUGCUGCUGCUGCUUGUAAGGGUGGUAUGGCCGGUUUAUUCGCGGGGCUUAGGGGUGGAGGAGGAGGGGAGGAGGAGAGGGUGAAGAAGCUGAGGGAUUUACUAGAGGAGCGGCGAAAGGAUUUCAUAGUGAUUGAGUGUGUUGCGGUGCUGAAUCGGGCUUUAAGAGAGUAUCACCGGUUGAAGCUUGGGUGCCCUGCGUCUGGCGAGAAAGACGUGGGGAUUAUGGAUCUUACUGGAGCGUCUUAUAUCGAGGAUGGAAGUGGGGGAGGGGGUGUGAGGGAGCUUAGAGCUGAUGUGUGGGCGAGAGUGAGGGAUGGGGGAGGAGGGAUGGAGGUGGAGGAGCAGGGGAGGAUGGGGAGGAGUGAGGAGGGGAAUGGGGAUGUGGAGAGAGUGGGGAGGUUUGUGGUAGAGAGUGUGGAAGUGAGGGAGAGGGGGGGGUUGGAGCGAGGGCUUGUGGUUGGGGUAGAGAUGGCAGAAGGGGAGAAAGAGAGGAUGGAGGAGAGGACGAGGGAGGAGGGUGGGCAAGUGGGAGAGACAGGAGGGGUUGGAGGAUUGGAGGUAGGGGAGCAGCAGGGGCAGAAGAUGCAGGAGAAAGAAGAAAGGCAUGAGCAACAAGAGGAGGAGCAUCAGCAAGCAGAGGGGCAGUUGAACGGGGCAGAAAUCAGGGAAGGCGAGUUGGCUGGAGAGCAGCAAGUGGGUUCGGGGGUAGAGGAGGCAAAUACAUUCAAAGGCAGUGUCGGUGGUAUCAGAGCACAGAGUGGCAGAAUCCAACAAAUCCGAGGGCGCUUACGUGGCAGGCGAUCAUUGGUCGGAGGAGAUCUCAGCUCCGCGGGUGACAGGGCAGCUGGUGGGGGGCAAGGGGGAGAGGGCAGUACAGAAGGUGGGGUGGAUUGGGUGAUGUGGCUGAAGCGGUAUAAGAAAUGGCUUGCUGCACCGUGGGUGCUGGCUGCGGUGAUGCUGCUGCUGGUGGUGACUAGGCGGAGGCAGCGGAAGCGGAGGGAGGGGAGGGAGAUGAGAGAAGCGCGGCGGGAGAGGAGGGCGAGGAAGAAACGAUCGGAGAAGAUCCCAAAGGAUGUGACAGACUAA